UAAGAACUAUGUUCCUAUUCAUAAUUGUCGGAAUUUUGAUGCCCAUUUAUCUGCUUAAAUUGUACGUGGGCUAUAAACAUGAACAGAUUCGUACUCGAUACGCAAUAAACGGUAAUGGAAAAGUGGUUGCUUUUUUUCAUCCAUUCUGCAAUGCCGGUGGUGGCGGCGAAAGGGUCAUGUGGUCUGCCAUCAAAGCUCUCCACCAACGAUACCCACAGCAUUGUUAUAUCAUCUAUUCUGACAAUUAUAAUGUACAGCCGUUAACGAUAGUGAGAAAAGCAAGCCAAACAUUUCAAUUGGAUUUGGCUGUCGAAGAGAUGAAAGUGCACUUCAUACAGCUUCGACUAUGUUGGCUACUUUUGGCUAAAUAUUAUCCCAUCUUUACUUUGCUUGGCCAGAAUAUUGGUUCGUUUAUUGUCGGACUGGAAGCGAUGCUUCGAUGUCCUCCUGAUAUUUACAUCGAUACUAUGGGCGCCAGUUUCACUUAUCCAUUGUUUCGCUUGGUUGGCUCGGCAAAAGUAGCCACAUACACCCACUAUCCAAUGAUUAGUGCCGAUAUGCUACAAGUGGUAGCCUGCAAUCAAUCCACAUUCAAUAAUCGAUCCAUUAUUGCCCAAAGUCAAUUAUUGACCAAAAUCAAGCUAGUCUAUUAUCACUUGUUGGCAUUUUGCUAUCGAAUGGCCGGAAACAGUGCUAACGUCGUCAUGGUUAAUUCUACAUGGACACGAAACCAUAUAGAAGCGCUUUGGCGACGAACCGUAGUCGUUGUUUAUCCACCAUGCAAUGUGGACAAUCUAAGUUGUCUUAGCCUAACCAAUAAGAAAGCCAACAUGAUCAUAUCGUUGAGUCAAUUUAGACCGGAAAAAAAUCAUCAACUACAAUUAAAAUCGAUAUCAAGAUUGAUCGACAUUUUGCGUGAGAAUGGAUCCACUGAAAGACCACUGUUGGUCAUGAUUGGUAGUUGCAGAAAUGAACAGGAUGAAAAAUUAGCACAAAGUCUAAGCCAACAAUCGAUAAAAUUGGGUAUCGAGGAUUGUGUCCAAUUCAAAUUGAACAUUCACUAUGAUGAAAUGGCCCGUCUGAUAGAAGAGGCUAGCAUGGCAAUCCAUACAAUGACUAAUGAACAUUUUGGCAUCAGUGUUGUCGAAUUUUUAGCUGCUGGAUUAUUAACCGUUGCUCAUAAUUCUGGUGGUCCGAAAUUGGAUAUUAUCACCGAGAAUGAGACAGGAUUCUUGGCUGAGGACUGUGAUCAAUUCGCUCAUCAUCUGUAUAGGAUUAUGCAAUUGUCGGCUGAUAACAAACAUAUGAUUCGAUUAAAAGCGAGAAAAUCAUUGGAACAAUUUUCGCAGCAAAUGUUUGAACAAUCAUUCUGUCAACAUAUGUCUUUAUUGCUUUGAUCAAUGCUAAUGUUUCUGACCUGAGACAGUCAUAAAGUUGUCGGCAAGUGAGCCAAGGAAACCGCUGUUAAUAAUAAGUUUAUCAAUUUAA